UCAACUUCACACACCCCCUCCCCUCUCCUCACUCCAGCCUCAGUCACAGGCUCGUUGAGAUGGUGGACGGUCACAGAUCUGCCUCUCUGGGAAUGGGACCACACGUCAGAAGUAGGACAAACUUUACCUUCUUUCUCUCUCAUCCCAUUCUGAAGACUCCUCUCCAUCCAGAGGGAAUGCACCUUUUCUCUGGAGCAGGUGUUAGACAACCACAAAUGGGCUAAAGUUUUAUUUUUCCUCCCUUUGCCAAACAGGCAUGAAGGCUGUGAGUGUUGGGUGUUUGAGCAGAGAGCGAUGGGCUUUUAAGAGCAUGUAUGAUAUUCUUUAAAGUGAGGUGUGGAGCUCCUGUCCUAGAAUAAAGCAGCGGAAGUCUUUUGUGGGAAAGGGCUGUGAUUUGUAAAGGUGCGUCUCUGGGGCCCUGUAUGGAGCUGAAAGGUGUCGGAGCAGGCACAGAGAGGUUUCACUGGUUUCCGUCUGAGCUGCAAUGGCAAAGUGGUUCAAGGAGUUUCCCAUCAACCUGAAAAAUGGUGCCGACAGAAUCCGCUCAGCCUCAGAGUCACAACCAAGAGCCGGUAAGAGCCUGGUCGCCGGCAUAGGCACCAAAACCUCAGGCUCCAAAACGGGCCAUCGCAAGAACUCCUCCUCUGACAGCACCGGCGGAGGAGUUGGGUCUCUCCUGACCGGGAGGAACCGGAAAAACUCGGCUGUGGAGCUGGGUAAGACCGGUGGGAGCUCCCCGAGUAAAGAUGGGAAAGUGUGGGACAACCUGCUGUCCGGGAAGAUCCGGAAGAACUCUAGAUCGGAGCCUGUGUUCGAGGAGCAGCCCCGGGGCCUGAAGAGCUCCACGUCCGCCAAUGGCUCCUACAUCAACCGGCUGAUCAGACUGGACAAACAGGACAAGAGCCCCAACUUCAACAGCGGUACCAUCAGCAACACAGUGGGGACUGAAGCAGAGAAACCAGCCCAGAGCAAAGCAGAAACAGUAAUAAUUCUUGAGGAUUAUGCAGAUCCAUUUGACGCCCAGAAGACCAGAGAGCAAAGAGAGGCAGAGCGGGUUGGGGAGAAUGAUGGUUACAUGGAGCCUUAUGAUGCCCAGCAGAUGAUCACUGAGAUCAGACGUCGGGGGUCCAAGGACCUGCUGAAGGUCUGCGUGCUGAUGGAGGGGAGUGAGGGGAAGGUAGAGGAGGGCCAGUCUGCUCCCCUUCAGAUCUAUGAUGUUCCGUACGAGGGGGGAGGUGAAGGUGACAAGCAAGUGGUCACACGGCCGGAGCUGGAUCCUCGGCCCUCCACCGAGUAUGAGCUGCCGUGGGAGUGGAAGAAGGAGCACAUUGUCAGAACUCUGUCAGCACAGUUUGACAGCCCUGAGCGCCCAACCAAAGAUGAGAUGCCUCACCCGACACUCACCAGGCAGCCGCAGCAUCCGCCCACCCAGCCGUUGUCUCAGCAUCAGCAUCUGAGGCAGAAAAGCUGGACCCAGAAGAUCCUGAGAUCGUCGCCACCGACCCUGUCGCCUUCCUCCACGCCGGGCAGCGGCCCUGACGCCGAGGUCUGCUGUGUGGACCCCUCACUGCCCCUGGAAAAACAGAGCUGGUACCACGGCUGCGUGACCCGACAGGAGGCCGAGUUUCAGCUGCAGUCCUGCAAAGAGGCCAGCUUCCUGGUCAGGAACAGCGAGUCGGACAACAGCAAGUACUCCAUCGCCCUCAAGACAAGCCAGGGCUGCGUUCACAUCAUUGUUGCUCAGACCAAAGAGAGCGGCUACACCCUGGACCAGAGCAGCUGUGUGUUCCCCAACAUCCCAGAGGUGGUGCACCAUUACUGCACUCAGCGUCUGCCUUUCAAUGGGGCCGAGCACAUGACCCUGCUGCACCCGGUGCCUCGCAUCCACUGACGACUCCACCCUAGCGCCGCGUUAGGUGACAAAACAAACACACCUCUGGGCCUGCUCGGACGCAACGUUUUCAUACAACAGUCACAGUGAAGUUCAACGUGUUCUUGUGUUGCUAUGUCCCUUUUCAACAAGUCCCACUGUGUGACUCAACUGUAUCACCAGACUUUACAUGUGUGUUUUUUAUUUGUGUGGUCGUGAACACAGUUUUGCAGCUCAGCCUUAGUCUUGAAACUCUGGACGUCGUCACUUUUCUUUUUUACUCAUGCAAAACACACAGGCUGAUGUUUUGCAUGUGAACAAGGCUCAGCAGAAACCAAGAGGCACCUUUAUUGAUUAAAUGUGACUUGAAGUUUGAUUUGAAAGCCACUCAUACACAGCUGCAUUGUUUUAAUCGUGCACCGUGGCUCUAUUGAAAAAUACAUGUUAUUAUUGCCACAAAUUUAAAUUUAAUAUAAAGCAGGAAGUACUUCAGACUUCAGUUUUGUGUCUCUCUGCCUCUCUCUGGUGGAUGUGCUGCUACACUACACCAACUUUGCCAGCACAAGUAAGUCUUUUCUCGAACUUCCCAGUUGAUAAAAACCAUGCACACGUAACACGCGUGUCUUUCCACUUAUCAAGAUAUAGACAAACGCCAGCUAUUUUAUCCUAAUGUGCGCAGCAGAUUUCAAAUUCACGCUCCUUAUACUUGUUAGUUUUCUGUAACCGCUGCCCCCUGAGGUUUUCCUCUGUCUUACUGUGAAUGAGGGAGUUGUUUCUACUCUGAACUGUGAAGAGUGAGUGAUUCACCCUGAUGUAAUGUGCAUGAGAGAGAAAUGCAACGCUCGAUGUAGUUGGAGCUUUUUAGGACAAGGACUGUGGCUGUUUCAUUUUUGAUUUUCAGAUAAAUAACAGCGCAAAUGCCAACGGAACAAAUGACGAGAUACAAUGUUUUUAAGUGACUGUCAAACUUCUGUAUGAUUUAUGGACAAGAUAUUAACUGAUAUUGAAAUAAUGGAAACAAAAAGAAAUGUUUAAAUUCUGUAUCAGGCCCCUGUUGCUGCUCACCUCGAGAUGCAAUGAAGCCAAACAGCAAAAUGAGAAUUUGUGACUGUAUUUUAUUCCCUGACUUAUUUUUCUUUGUGUAUUCUAAAUAUAACAGACAUCUGA